AUGGGGGGCAGCUUCAGGCCCUUGGAGGAGCUGCUGCAGGCGGAGCCCGCCGGCGCCUCCGCUGCGGAGCGGGGGCCGCGCUGGGAGCUGCCGCCGUCGGCACCGGCGGCCGCCGCCGCUAGCGACGGUGGCGCUUACGGCGGCACUGCAGGCCGCGCCACGCACACCGCGCGCCUGGUGGCGCUCGCCAGCGAGCCGUGGGUGUACACCAUCGCCCGCCUGCUGCUUCAGGAGACCUCUGCUCGGGAGUCGGCUGGGGGUCUGAGGACCGCCGCCGCUGCCCGCGCCGCCUACGAGCCCGCGCUGCUGCGGCAGCUGCGGGCGCUGCUGCGCGCUCGCGCAGACCCCGACGGCGGCGGCUGCGACGCCGCAGGCGCGCCCGGCGGUGCCCGCCGCACGCCGCUGAUGUGCCUGGCGGCUGAGGGCUGCUCCGCGGCGGUGUUCGGAGGGCGCCAACUGUCCGGCACCGACACCGUGACCUUCGUGCGCGCGCUGCUCGCGGCCCGCGCGGACGCGCGCCGCGCCGACGCCGCCGGGCGGACGGCGCUGCAUUGCGCCGUGAUCCAGCAGGAGCUGCGCGUGGCGGGGCAGUUGCUGCGCGCGGGCGCAGACCCCUCGGCGAGGGACGCGUGGGGCCACAGCCUGGUGCGCGGAGGGGGCGCGUGCUGCGACGAGGCGGAGCCUGCUGUCAUGGAGCUGCCGCCGCCGGCAAGUCGGACCGACCAGCGCGCCUCCUGCUGGGGGGGGGGGGCCCGCGGCUUCGUGCGGGACUUUGCCACCGUCCGCCGCCCGCUGUUGCUGCGCGGCGGGGCGGAGCGUCUGCUGGACCGGCAGAGGUGGUGCCCCGAGGAGCUGGCGCGCCGGGCGGGGGCGAGCCAGGUGCAGGGGCGCCGCCUCCAGCUCCGCGUCGACGUCGAUCCCGUCGACGCGGAACCUGCGUGCGGCCUGGCGUCGCAGGUGCACAAAGGUGCGCGAGCUCGGAGGCGAGGUUUCGGGAUCGAGCUUCGCGCCUACGUCCAACGAGGCGGCAUGAACGAACAGCAGGCUGACGAAACCAUGGCCGGACUGGCCAGGCAGCUGCAGGAGCAGAGUGGGGCUCUGCAGGCGGCGGUGCAACAGAACGCCGACUUCCUGAAGGCGGAGGGCGCCUCAAGGAGGCGCGAGGGCAUGGUUGACAGCAGGCCCGUCCAGAAGCCAGCGACCUUCAGUGGGAAGGAGAGCGACUGGGCAGACUGGGCGUACAAGUUCGUCACCUUGUUGGCCUCCAAUUGCGCGGCCACCAUUACCGACGACAGGAUCGAUGACAUCGUGGACGAGUUCUUCAAGGUCGUUGAGCUCAACAGGGAACUACACGCGAUCCUCACGUCCUUCAUGACGGACGGCACGACGGCCUUCGACAUCAUCAACAACACUCGCAAGACAUCCGGUUUGGAUGGCUGGCGGCAGCUGAACAAGAACUACGACUCUAGGAAUCCAAGCGCCAACCUUCGGAAACUCCGGAAGAUCUUGCGCCCUGCGCAGGUCUCCACAGACCAGCUGCUCAGCGCCAUCGAGCAGUGGGAACAGCACUACAUGUCUUUCAAUUCGAUGUGCCCUGACGUGCUGAGCAACCACCUGGACCUCAGCGUGAGCCGCCUGCUGACCUACGAGUUGCUGAAGCAAGAGAUAGAGCGCUACGUGGAGCAGACUGUCGCCAGGAAUGGGCCGACGCCGAUGGAGAUCGGUAGCAUUGGGCCCAAAGGGGCGCCCAAGGGCAAGGGCAAGGGUAAAGCCGAGGACGGUGGCAAAGGCAAAGGGAAAGACGGUGGCGGCGGCGAUGGCCAAUCGGCUGGGCGCGGACAGCAGCAGUUCCAAGGAUGCUGCGGCUGGUGCUGGCGCUGGGGCCACAAGCGCGCCGACUGCUGCAGCAGGACCGACGCCAAUGGUCAGCAGCUCCCGCCUAGGGAGCCGGGCGGCCAGAGCGAUCCCAAGGGCGGCGAGCCCGCAGGCACGCCCAAAGGUGCUCGAGGUGGAGGUCGAGGCGGUGGGUCGCGCGAACCCUCCGAGGCCAACACGCAAGAGGGCGCGCUGGGUGCUGGAGGCGAGGUGGGCUCGCUGUUCGUGGUGGAGCGCGGCCCCGAGCAGCAGGAGCGCCAGGAGAAGGAGGGCCAGGAGAGUAAAGAGGGCGAGGCGGACUAUUCGAACAAGGAGGCCACGAGGAAAACCUACAGCAGCAAGCGAGCGGAGGCUAAGGCCCAGCGCGAGAACGACCAGCUCCAGCACGAGCACGGCGACGGGCGGAUGGGAAGUUGGAGACAUUCGCUGAGCUCUGCGUCGAAGAUGGCGAAGUACGGUAGUUGCGUCUGGUUCGAUUCGGAGGAGAAUGGCGGCGGCGGCAGUUUUCAUUACCAGACGGGCCAGACCAUGGAGAUCUUCGAGAAGGACGGCAUCUACGUGCUACUGGCCUGGGUCGAGAAGCCGGAUCGGCACCGUGCGCAGGGUGUCACGCGGGGAUCGGUUGCGGCAUCGUGCUUGCAGCCCCCGGCGGAUGGUGGGCGGAUGACUGCGCCUCCGAAACUCAUGCUGAAGAUGAUUGAAGACCACGUGGCAUCGCAUCUUCCAGCGAUGUCGCGGCGCGCGGCCUGCGCGCGGGGGCGGGCGAAGACGCGCCCCCACUUCAAGCAAGACAAGAGCCGAGAGGUUCACAGUACGCACUCGGUCGACUACGGCUUCUUCGGGGUCCCUGGGGAAGUGCCUUUCGAGGCGGCGGUAGGCAAGGAACUGCCGGCGCUGGCCGGGCACGAUCUCAAGGCGAAGUGCCCGUUUGCACGCCCAAACCCGCGCGGGGGAUCGGGGAAAGACGGCGUCGCGAGCCUAUGUCCGGCGAAGGUCUUGGCCGCAGAUUUGGGCCGGCCUGCGUGCGAGAGGGUGAACGUCAAAGGCGACCAGGAGAAUUCGAUCACGGUUGUUGUUCGGGAGGAGAAGGAGAUCUGGGCUGGCGAGGUCGUCAUCGAGAGGCCUCUCAUGUGCGAGCAGGCGUCCAAUGGGGGGGCCGAGCGCGCUGCCCAGAGCAUCCAUGGCCGGGCGCGAACGCUCGAGGAGCACGUGGAGGGUCCAGUUCACCUGCGCUACAUUUACACCCGCGGGGAGGACGGCAUGGCGCCGUUCCAGCGGGCACAGGGCAAGAGCAUGGCGUUCCAGAAACGCACGCGGCACAAGCUGGAGGCGCGCUGGGAACGUGGGUCGUUCCAUGGCGUGAAGGCGUUGUCAAAACUCAGAGGUCUACCUUGGGAGCCCGCGCCUGAUGGGCGCGACGACCAGCGGACAUUGGAUGUCCCAGGUGCUGCCGAGCUGCCGCCACACAGCCCAAUGGCGCCGAAGGUGCCCACCGAGGCGGCCGAGCAUGCGAAAGGCAUGCGCAAGCAUUGCGGAUCUCGCCCGGAGGCGCGGGCGGAGAACGUGGAAUUCAUCGACAGUACCGGCCUUUGGGGGGUGGUUCCGCGGCCUGCUGGCCACAGGGCGAUCGGCGCGAGGUGGGUCGACGACAACGCGGGCGACGAGGUCGAUUUGCAGGUGCGCAGCAGAUUGGUUGCGAAGGAGAUUCGGCACCAGGGCUUGAAGGGGAAGUGCGCGCUGCAGCUCCUGGACGUCAAGAAGGCGCAUGUCUGGGCCAUGGCCGAAAGGAGUUGGUUCGUGGAGCUGCCAGAAGACUACAAGCAGGUGCGCGGCAUCACUGGCGACAUGGUUUACCGGUUCCUUCGUUCCACGCACGGCGCGCGCGACGCCGCAGCGUUGUGGGAGACGCUAGUGGUUUCCAAGAUGAAGUCGUUGGGACUCCGCCAGGGGACGCCACCCCCGCGCGCCGUCUGGCAUCCAUUGCGCGACCCGGAGCUCAGCAAGGAGUGGGCCGUUAAAGUUGAAGAAGUAUACGGGCCGCCAUGCGAGCCCGACACAGCGCAGAGCAUUCGCACGCUGAACCGCCUGCUCAGUUGGACACCCGACGGGAUGAAGUGGGAGUGUUACCCACGGCGCGUGCAGAUCAUAGUUCGCGAACUUGGACUGGGGCAUGCUGGCGUGAAGCUCGCGACCCCAGGGCUGAAGGAGAAGCUGGAGAGCGUCGAGGUCGACGACGUCGAGAUCCCGGCAGACGAGCGCACGUGGUACAGAUCUUCGUGCAUGCGCUUGGCGCACAUCGCCCAGGACCGCCCUGACCUCGGAGUGGCUGCCCGGGAGCUUGCGAAAGGCACGAAGUGCCCGACCGAGAGGCACGCGUACAGGCUGGGUGCCAAUGUCGACGCGACUGCUGCGAUUGGCAUGGUGUCGAGGGGCGGGGUUGGCAAAACGAAGCCCACUGAUACGGUGUCGCUCUGGGCCCAAGAGGCCAUCGAUCGACUCAAUGUUGAUCUCCGCAGGAGGGGGACUGACGAGAUGCUGGCCGACCUCCUAACAAAGUUCUUGCUUCGGGGGAAGACCGAACGGUCUGCUGCCGGGCCGGACAGCACGCGCUCGCGUUUGUAG